CCAAAGGUCCCAAAACACACACUGGACUUGGAAGCACCAAUUCCCAACUCCCAUCCGGCAACGUCCCUACAGCAACACCUACCACGCCAGCACGCCCGCCGUCGACGAGACACCCUGCGCUUGUUGUCGUCACCUUGACUUGUCAUCCGAUCCCGCGCGGCUUUGAUUCCGUUACUCCGCCAGUUCGCCGUGCGCCCUCAGAGCAUUUCACCCUGCUACUGCUGCUGUAGCCGUUGCCUCUGCCACCAUCGAGAGAGCGCGCUCCCCCGACUCCCGUCGCCGACACCCCUAGCAUUAACUAUCCUACCAAGGUUACCAUUCAAUCGGCCGUCGGGCAACUACACAAAGUCGAUUGACACGCCGUGGCCUCGCCAUCAUCCAACGCGGCGUCGUUCCCAUUUAUACUGCCAGCCACAGUCGGGCUUGUGGUCGGAAGUUCGCUCUGACGCACUGCACCCCUCCUCUUCGACAUCCAGGCGGGACGUAGAGCUUUCGGUGAAGCAAGUCCGCGACCGGCCGCCCGUUGGCAUCGCAGUCUCAAACCCGCGAGCUGUUCGGCACACAUCCUAGCCUUUGGCUAGCCACCCCCUUUUCGUAUACAGCAGCUAUCAGACUAUCGCCGCGCCCUCAUUACCCCUCCACCUUCAGGUCGGGCAGCCUUCACUCGCCCCACAGGCAGAGAAACUGUUGUCCUCAAAGAUGAAGCGGUUCAGCCAGAGAGUCCUCUCGAGGACGAAGGACAAGGAUUCCAAGUCCAAGAAGAAUAAGGAUGCGAAGGACGGAACAGCUUCCCCCAACUCACAAGGCUCUCGCGAGGCCACCCAGUCGCCCGUUCUCACCCCUUCAUCGUCUACGUCGACACUUGUAAAUGACAGCCGUAACAAGCCAUUGCCGCCUAACAAUGCGGCCCAUGGCGACCACGGCAAUUCCAUGCUCGGCCCUCAAGGCGGCAACUCGAACCCUGGCGCAGCGGAUAGAUUCAGCAGUAUCGGGGGGCAGCAACAGGGCGCCAACGGCGGCAGCACCCCUGUCCGUCACGGCACCCUUCCUCCUACCGUUAUAAUCAGCCCCAGCGCGCCGCAUGUCCCACCUCCCGGCGCCGCGGAAACGAUGCCGCACGAUCUCGCUCCUCCAAAAGCCGGACAAAAGUCGCUUAUGUUUGACCGUUUACACCAGACCCCCAAAGACGUCCUGGAAGGGCUCAGGACGCCAAAGAGGCAGAACUCGUCGCGGUUCGACAUCUCAGCCCAUCGCGAGCUCGAGAAGCUCCCGGGCUUCCAUGAGGUGGCCCCCAAUCACCGCCAGGAUCUGUUCAUGAAGAAGAUCGAGCAGUGCAACGUCAUCUUUGACUUCAAUGAUGCGAGCGCCGACAUGAAGUCCAAGGAGAUCAAGCGAUUGGCCCUUCACGAGCUGCUGGAUUAUGUCGCUAAUAACCGGCAAGUCAUCACUGAGCCAAUGUAUCCGCGUGUGGUUGAGAUGUUUGCAAAGAACUUAUUCCGCCCAAUUCCUCCUCCCAUGAACCCGCAGGGUGAAGCUUUCGAUCCCGAAGAGGAUGAACCGGUCCUGGAGGUUGCCUGGCCGCAUAUUCAAGUUGUCUAUGAGUUCUUCCUCCGGUUCAUUGAAAGUCAAGAUUUCAACACCAAUAUUGCCAAGGCGUAUAUCGAUCAUAGCUUCGUUCUUCAGCUACUCGAGCUCUUCGACUCCGAGGACCCCAGAGAACGGGACUUUUUAAAGACGACUCUGCAUCGUAUCUACGGCAAGUUCCUCAACCUGAGGUCCUUCAUCCGCCGCUCUAUCAACAACGUCUUUUUCCAGUUCACGUACGAAACUGAAAGAUUCAAUGGUAUUGCCGAACUGCUCGAAAUUCUUGGGUCAAUCAUCAACGGUUUUGCGCUCCCUCUCAAGGAGGAGCACAAGCUUUUCCUUACCAGAGUAUUGCUUCCUCUUCACAAGGUCAAGAGUCUGAGCAUGUACCAUCCCCAAUUGGCGUACUGCAUCGUGCAGUUCCUGGAGAAGGAUGCUUCCUUGACAGAAGAGGUUGUUCUCGGACUUCUCCGUUAUUGGCCCAAGGUCAACAGCACCAAGGAGGUCAUGUUUCUCAACGAGGUUGAAGACAUCUUCGAGGUCAUGGACCCGGCUGAGUUCGCCAAGGUCCAAGAACCUCUGUUCCAUCAGCUCGCCAAAUCGGUUGCCAGCCCGCACUUCCAGGUCGCCGAGAGAGCUUUGUAUUUCUGGAACAACGAGUACUUCUGCAAUCUCGUGAGCGACAAUGUCGAGAUCAUUCUCCCCAUCAUGUUCGCUCCUCUCUACGAAAACUCCAAGGGACAUUGGAAUAGAACCAUCCACGGCAUGGUAUAUAACGCUAUGAAGCUAUUUAUGGAAAUCAACCCGCAGCUAUUCGAUGAUUGCUCCCACGAGUACACGGAAAACCAAAGCAACGCCCCUGCAAGGGAAGCUCAUCGCCAGAGCAAAUGGGCUCGACUCGAAGAACUCGCGAAGCAGAGGAAAGUAGAAAGUGGAACAUCCAAUGGCACCAGCUCUAUCCCAGCUCGCACCACUGUCCACCCGCUGCCUCGCCUAGAAGAAGUAGACGGUACAGAGGAUAAUCAAAAGAGGCUGGAUUCUUUGAAGUUGCAGGAUGGUGAUAGAAGGGAGCGACGACCCGGGAUGCACGAGAGGCAAAGCUCAGUAGGUUCAUCCAGAAGUCGGUAAUACGCCUUCACGAAGGAGCUGUCUUUUCAGGCGUGUUGUUCUUUUUUAUUUUAUCUUGGAGCUCAAGGCCACGGGCAUUGUUCGGUGUCAAAGUCAUGUACGAAGCUGGGAAAACCCGUCAUCACGCGAUUGGAGGAAGAAGGAAGUUGAAGGAAGCAGGGAAACAAGGCUGAACAGGGGCUUUUUUGCCGGCCGGUCUUAUAUACGUCGAAACCAUGACAAGAGGACGGACAAGGACAUGAAAUGGGCAAGCAGUCAGGCAGGCGGCAGAAGGCGGCAGCGCAACAGACAGACAGCACACAACUUUGGCACAUAGGUCUCAGGGACUUAACCACCACUUUUAGAGAGUUUUUAACGGCGUCAUGAUUCCAUUCCAGUUUACUUCAAUUCUUAGCCAGCCCGACUUACCAACCGAAAAAAAAGAAAUGCUUUUUCUUUCUUUUCUUGUUUUUGUUAGCACAAGGCUAGGCUGGCUUCGAUUGUUAAUAUAUUUGGGAACCUUCUUUUUCCUGCUGUUUGUUUUAAUUUGAAUGUAAUCACUUUAG